AUGUCGUUUUUCAAUAAAGAAAAUCUUCAAAAACUUGGAAGAGCCGCUAGCGUCCUAAAUUCAGGCAUUCAAGCAGUUACAGCCGCCCAACAAGUUUACCAAGCCGUUAACGGAACGGGGACGCAAAAUGGGACGACUAAUCAACAACUCCAACCUUCCCAAAGAGAAAUUACUUUUGUCCAGCCAAAUGCUGCGGAGAAGGGGGAUAAAAAUAAAAGUUUGUUUGGAGAGUUUAAUGAAGAGUUUCUCAAAAAGAAUAUUUCAUUAAUUAAUCAACACCGUCCUUCUGAUGGUUUUACUCCGCUAAUUUGUGCUGUUUUGCGGAAAUGUCUUGAUUCUGUUGUUUUGCUUUUAUCUAAUGGGGCGUCUGUAAACGCUACCGAUUCAAAAGGAAAUACAGCCUUGCAUUAUGCAGAUACUCCUCUAAUUGUGAAAGCAUUAAUUAUUUUCAGAGCUGAUUUGAAUAUUAAAAACAAAGCUGGGGCUGAUUGUUUUUCUGGUAGAAAAAGGCAGGAAAUUACUCAAAUUUUAUUAAAAGCCAAACUUUGGGAUGAACUAAAAAUUAUUGAAAAUGCAACAACAACAACAACUUCCCCUUCACUUCAAACAAAAAUAAAUGAACAUAAACAACAAAUAGCCGUUCAAUGUCAAUUUAGAAAAGAUUUAGAAGACAAAAAACGAUCCCUUAGAUUAUUGUCUUUGGAUGGGGGAGGAAUUAAAGGGCUUGUACUUAUACAGAUAUUGAUGGAAUUGGAAGAUAUUUGUGGAAAUACUGAAAAUUUUGUAACAAAAAAUUUUGAUUGGAUUGCUGGGACGAGUACUGGCGCGAUUUUGGCCCUAGCAUUGGCAGAUGGAUAUAAACCAAUACAAUGUUUACGUCUCUACUUGCGAUUAAAAGACGAAAUUUUUCUAACUCGUUCAAAUCCUUUGGUGCCUUAUCCUGAUGAAAAAAUUGAAAAAUUCUUGAAAGAAAAUUUUGGAGAAAAUCGAAAAAUGGCUAAUAUUAAGAACAAAAAAUUGAAGUAAGUGAAAAGGGUUUUUUGUACUAUCGAAACUCGUUAUAUAAGAUGUUGGCCACUGGGUGGGGGAAAUAAGGACAUAUUUAAGGGGAAGAGGGAGACACGGUAGGGGAAUAUUGUCGGUUCCUAGAAAUUCUUUGGAUAUCCGAAACCGGUCCGAAGAAUUCGGUUCUUUGGUUCGGUUCGGUCCAGAACCGACAACCCUAUAGAGGAGCCGAGGACGUGCCUAUGGGAGGGGGUAUGCCAUCUGUAUACUCAUUUUGGACAAGCUCAAUAUAAGGGACCUGCUUAAGAUAUAGCUCAUGAUAAUGACAAUAUUUAGGGUAUAAGGGACUUCUCUUAAAAUUAAUUUUUAAAUU